AUGGGCAUCCGCGAUGGCCUGGAGGUCGGCAAGGAGGACACACUGCAGGAAGGGUUCGACCUGGGUUUCGCUGAGGGAGCGGAGCGCAGUUUCCGCUUCGGCAAGCUGCGGGGCGCGCUCAGCGCGGCUGCAGCGAGCGGCUUGUUCUCCAGUAUAAAUUCAGAGAGCCUGGGCCAGGCUCGGGCUUGCCUGAAGCAGCUGCGCACGCUGGAGAUGGACACAAGCGUCCACAAGGACGGAGAGAAGGUCGAUGCUGCGUCCACUGAAGAGGCGGACGCAACCGUGACACAGGCCCACAAGUUGUUGAAGCUCGUCGGAAUGGACCUGUCCGAGUAG